AUGCAGUUACUUCGCUGUUUUUCAAUAUUUUCUGUUAUUGCUUCAGUUUUAGCACAGGAACUGACAACUAUAUGCGAGCAAAUCCCCUCACCAACUUUAGAAUCGACGCCGUACUCUUUGUCAACGACUACUAUUUUGGCCAACGGGAAGGCAAUGCAAGGAGUUUUUGAAUAUUACAAAUCAGUAACGUUUGUCAGUAAUUGCGGUUCUCACCCCUCAACAACUAGCAAAGGCAGCCCCAUAAACACACAGUAUGUUUUUUGA